AUGCUGAGCGUCUGGCGGGUAGUUCAUGGAACCUACCGUUUCGAACUGCUGCCGGACAACACAUCAGUUACUGCCGAGGUCUAUUACGCUCAAAUGCAAAGACUGGCCGACAAGAUCUGCAAGGAGCACCCGAAGCUCGACAUCAAAAUUUUGGAGCUCGGAUGGGAAGUUCUACCGCACCCACCGUACAACCCGGACCUGGCCUUGAACGACUACCACCUCUUCCGAUCGUUUCGGCAUCACCUGGAAGAGAAGCGCUGCGAUGAUCGUGACCACCUCGAAAAUGACCUUCGGGCUUUCUUCGCCUCCAAGUCGCCGGAGUUCUGCGCCAAAGGAUUCCGUGAUCUUGUGAGACGUUGGCAGAAGGUCGUCGAUGUUGAUGAAGAUUAUUUCGUUGAAUAA